AUGGUGUUCUAUCAACGCCAGAUAACAACCCAAAUACAUCAAGGAAUACUAGAUAAGCUAGGCCAAACACAGUCAUCGCACUACAUUCGUUUAUUGAGAGAAAUAGUCAAUCGCACCCUUAAGAACCACCGAACUGUUUUUCCCCAUAGAGAUCUGCAGCCAAAGAACAUAGUCGUAGAGCGAAGAGAGAUCUGUGGUAAUGGAGGUGCAUACUUCAAAAGUGACUCUUAUUGA